AUGCUGCCGUACCUGUUCCCCGAUCUGUCCACCUUUACUACAGUCGCCGAUCUUAUCACCCACCUUCGCACUAGUGAUGCUCGCCUGCGUGCCGCCCUUCCCACCGAGUUCUGCGCUAAGAACCCCCCUCCACUAUACUGGACACUCCACUUCAUAGUCACCCGUCUCCCUGACACCCUCCGCUCAGUUCGAGACCACUUCCUUGCUCGCUGUCCCACUGAGCUCACAGUCGCCCUCCUAGAGGAGCAGCUGCUCGCGGCCGAAAAGAGCAUUGUAGCUGUUGGUGCUGCUCGUGGCGCUCCUCGCACCCCCAUCUUUGAGGGGUGUUCUCCCUCUCCCCUCGCUCCCUCCUACGCUGCUGCUGCUGCUGUUGACUUCCUUGGUGCUGAGUCUGUUGGCGCUGCUUCUGCUCCUGGUGGGAGGCGCCGCACCGGCAAGGGCAAGGGGGGCAAGGGUGGUGGUGGUGGCGCUGGGGGGGGAGGAGGUGGGGGAGGUGGGGGGGGAGGCGGUGCUGGAGGGAGCGGUGGCGGGAGCGCUGGUGGGAGUGGGGUCGGUGGUGGAGGCGGGGGCGGCGGCGGAAGCAGUGGCAGUAGUGGCGGCGGCGGCGGUGGCGGCGGUGGCGGUGGUGGCGGUGGUGGCGGUGGCGGUCGGAGCGGUGGUAGUGGUGGCGGCGGCGGUCGGAGUGGAGGCACUGGCUCGGGCCAGAGCUCCCAGCAGCAGCAGCGUCCUCAGACGACCCAGCAGCUUCGUGAGUGGCUUGCUCAGCGUGGGACGUCGGGGGGCAGUGGCCGCUGUUCUUAUGUCAUUCGCACAGGUGACCGCAAGGGACAGACGUGUGGGAGGUUCCACACCCCGUACCGCUGCUUCUCCCGCCUUGACGACGCUUGGCGUGAGGAGAUGGGCGCGGAUGUUGAGCGCCCCCGCUGGGCUGAGCUCAUGAGGGCUGGUGUUGAUGUCUUUGCUCUUGACUAUGAUGCUAUUAUUGCUGCCAUUGCUGUCCUGGCUGGUUUCGAGUCUGCUCUCUCAGGUACAGCACCCACAGAGACUGCUCUCUCAGGUACCGCACCGGCUGAGGCCUGUCACACCUUCACCCUUGACUCAGUCCUUGCCCAGUCCACCACUGUCCUCCCUUGUCCGGCGGUUCCGUCUGGCUCGUUGUCGGGUUUCCACCUCCCCUCGUUCUCGACGAACCUGGUGAGCAACGCUGUCCUCCAGGAUCAGUGGGUUGACACCUUUACCCCUGGCGGACAGCGUGUGGCGAUCUGCACGUGCUCCAGGACCGGCCGUCACCUGGCUACGUUUACCCGUCGGCCGGGGUCGAGUCUCUACACACUGACCACUGCGUCUCCUCAGGUCGCUGCUGUCGGUCAGGUGUCUGCGUCAGGUCUGGUAGCCCACGCCUGUGAGUGUCGUUCCCUGUCGCACCAGACUCUUCUCUGGCACCACCGCCUGGGUCACCCCUCCUUGCCACGCCUUCGUGGCAUGCACCGUCGCCACCUUGUGUCUGGUCUUCCCAGGUCCCUCCCUCCCCUCCCUGCCUCGCCUGCGCCGCCUUGCCUUCCUUGCGUCGAGGGGCGGCAGCGCGCCGCUCCUCACUCCUCCUCGUUCCCCCCGACAGAGGCUCCUCUGCAGACCCUCCACCUGGACGUGUGGGGCCCAGCCCGCGUUCGUGGUCAGGGCGGUGAGCGGUACUUUUUGCUGGUUGUCGACGACUACUCGCGUUACACCACGGUCUUCCCCUUGCGCACCAAGGGUGAGGUCCCUGCUGUUCUGAUCCCUUGGAUCCGCACGGUUCGUCUCCAGCUCCGCCGCCGUUUCCGGACGGAUCUUCCUGUCCUGCGUCUGCACUCUGACAGAGGUGGUGAGUUUUCCUCCGAUCUCUUGAGGACCUUCUGUCAGGCGGAGGGCAUCGAGCAGACCUUCACGCUUCCGGACUCCCCACAGCAGAAUGGGGUUGCUGAGCGCCGCAUUGGCCUGGUCAUGGAGGUCGCUCGUACCUCCUUGGUCCACGCGGCGGCUCCCCAUUUUCUGUGGCCGUUUGCUGUCCGGUACGCCGCGCAUCAGCUCAACCUCUGGCCCCGUGUCUCCUUGCCGGAGACCUCGCCCACACUGCGUUGGACGGGGGAGGUUGGCGAUGCGUCGCGCUUCCGGUUUUACCACCCCACCUCGCGCCGGGUCUUCGCCUCUCAGGAUGUCACCUUUGACGAGUCGGUCCCUUUUUACCGUCUCUUCCCCUACCGCACUGCCCCCCUCCCUCCCCCGCCGCUUUUCCUUGCUCCUGGUCCCCCUCCGGUAGACCCCCUUCCCCCUCAGGGUCCUGCUCCUUCAGGUGUCUCUCAGGUAGACCCUCCUCCCGUCGCUGAGCCUGUCGAGUUCACAGGUGACUCAGGUGCUGCUGCGGGUGGUGCUGCUGGGAGUGCUGAGCCUGGGGGUGCUGAGCCUGGGGGUGCUGGGCCUGGGGGUGCUGGGGCUGCAGGUGCUGGGACUGAGGGUGCUGGAGCUGAGGGUACGGUGCCUGAGGGUACUGAGCCUGGGGGUGCUGAGCCUGCGGGUGCGGGGCCUGGGAGUGCUGGGACUACGGGUGCUGGAGCUGAGGGUACUGUGCCUGAGAGUUUGCCGCCUGGGGGUGCUGAGCCUGGGGGUGCUGCGACUGGGGGUGCUGAGCCUGCGGGUACUGAGCCUGCGGGUACUGAGCCUGGGGGUGCUGCUACUGAGCCUACGGAGCCUCGGGUUACUGCGUCUGGGGGUGCUCCGGUUCGGGGUGCUGAGCAGUCUCUCACACCGCAGCAGCUUCGUGACUGGUACGUCCGGCGCUUUCGCCGUCCUAGUGGCUCGGCUGGAGUUGGGGGUGCUGGGGCUGCUCGUCCUGGGGGUGCUCGUACUGGGGGUACUGGAGCUGCCGGGACUGGUUGUUCUGGGAGCACUGCGACUGGAGCUGCUGGAGCUGGGGACUCUGGGGGUGGCGCUGCUGCUGGUGCUGCGGACCCGCCUGGUGGAGCUGCUGCUGGAGCUGAGGACCCGAGCGGUGGCGCUGCUGCUGGUGCUGGGGACCCGGACGUUGGAGCUCCUGCUGGUCCUGAGGACCCGGCCGCUGGAGUCUCUUCUGCUUCUGGAGACGCUGCGCGGCCGCGACCAGCGUCGUGA